UGAAAAAGGUGUGACGACAUAGAAAGCAUCACAUAAUGGGGGACAGAGAAUGGAUGGAGAAAAGAGAGACACGGCAGAAGAAGGGACAGAGCUCGGCGAAGGGGUUUGAGGAGAGAGGAAAAUCAAAAUUAAAACGCCCUAAACUCUUUUUGUAGAUAUUUUUAUUUGUAUUCAGGGAGUUUAAAAAUUAUAGGCCUCUUGGAGAAAUAAAUCAGUGGGGACGAAUUUUAAAUUGCGUCUUUUUCGGAAUUAAGUCAGCAACGGAAAGCUCAUUAAACAAUGAGUUCACCGUAGUUAAACUCAAACGGGGAUAUGGCGAAUUUAGAGUUCGGAUCUCAGCAGUCAUGUUCCGGCGGCGAUUCCCCCGCGAUGGGAUUCGAGAAGGAGAAAGAUUCCGGUCAUCACGCUCGGUGCAAAACCGGCUCUCCGCCGCUGCAAACUCAGCUCUCCCAACAGGGUAUGGAGGGAAUCAAAGUUUAUUUGCACGAGAGAGAUCUGUGGGCGAAAUUUCAUGAUGUCACUACAGAGAUGAUCAUCACUAAAGCUGGCCGACGAAUGUUUCCCAGCUACAAGGUGAAGGUAACAGGCUUAAACCCCAAAGCAAAAUAUAUCUUACUGAUGGACAUUAUUUCAGCUGACGAGCAUCGGUAUAAGUUUACAGAUAACAAAUGGUCCAUCAGUGGUAAAGCUGAGCCGGCGAUUCCAGGCCGACUGUAUGUGCACCCAGACUCACCGGCUUCAGGAGCUCACUGGAUGAGACAGCUCGUCUCUUUCCAGAAGCUCAAACUCACCAACAACCACCUGGAUCCUUUCGGACAUAUCAUUUUAAAUUCCAUGCAUAAAUACCAGCCUCGCCUGCACAUUGUUAAGGCAGACGAGAGGAACAGCUUUGGCUCCAGCAACACAAGUUUCUGCACACACUCAUUUCCUGAGACGACCUUCAUCGCUGUAACUUCCUACCAGAACCACACAAUCACUCAGCUGAAGAUUGAGAAUAAUCCAUUUGCUAAAGGUUUCCGUGGAAACGACAAUAUCGAAUUGCAUCGCAUGUCCCGUACACCAAGUAAGGAGUAUCCACUUGUACCACGUAGUACUGCAAGGCAGCGUGCAGCUCCACCCUCACCUGACUCCUGUCUCUCUCGGUCAGAAUACACUGUGACACAAAAGCCCAGCCCUGGCUACACCUGCUCCGACAUUUCAGGUGACCACACCCUCACUGAAACCCCUCCCUCUCAUGACCCCACCUACCACCUCUUCACCUACCAGCUCUCUCCGGAGGCGACCCCUGUGCACAGCGCCCCCUGCAGUAUGGACACCGCACAGCACCAGCCUUGCAUGUAUGGAAGCUCUCAGGUGGGCUUGGAGGACCUCAGGUGGGCGUCUUAUACAGACAGCACAACUUACCAAAGCUUUUCUUCAGCUAAAGAAAUGGGUGGUACCUUUGUUCCCCCCACUGACCUCUCUCAGGAACUGUAUCCACAAUACACCUGUGAGGUGGGUGUCCAGUCACACUGCAUGAUGACUGAUUUCUCGCUUUAUGCUUGUAAUCGAUCAUUCAGCCAAAACCAACAACCAAACAGCUGGUGUGGGGGGAGCUGAGCAAGUGUGCCUGAUGUGUGUGUGUGUGUGUGUG